UCUACACGUUUCUGUCAAUCAGUGUUGAAAUACGAGCAAAUGUCAAAAGUUACGACCUACGACAUGAUUAACACAUUUAUUCAGAGUCGUUAGUGUAAAACAUGAUGUGUCUUCUCUCUGGUGUGAAAUGUUAGUUUUUUUCAGUGGUUGUAGUUGAGGGAAGCAGCGGCAGCCUGUGAUACGGCAGCACAUGUGUCAGUCAUCUCAGUGAGAGGUGAGGUAGCCCAUGUUAGGUCAGACAAGCGGCAGGCUGCAGCUGAGCACGGCUGCACACUACAUGCACACAUUGAAUGAAAGUCAGUGUAGCUUUGGACACCCGCAACUGAGAAUAUCUGCACAAAGUUAUAACACAGUGUAGAGUAUAUAGGCAACGGGUAAGAUACGCUUACACAUUGGCAAAAAAGAACAGCUUGAAGAUAUUUGUGAAAGGAGAAGGACCGGGCUGUGUGGGGAGAUGCAGCGGGUCACGGCGCGGCUCGUCGCCGGGCUGGUCGCAGCGGUGCUGUCGCUGCUGGCACAGCAAUGUUGGGCGGACGGCGGGGGCCCCAGCCUCGCUGAACGGGUUAUUUGGGCUGUAAAUGCAGGAGGUGAAUCGCAUGUAGACGUGCACGGUAUUCACUUCAAAAAGGACCCAUUGGAAGGGAAAAUUGGGAAAGCAUCUGAUUAUGGGGUGCGACUUCCAAUCCUGCGCUCCAGUCCAGAGGACCAGAUUCUGUACCAGACGGAGCGCUACAACGAGGACACUUUCGGAUAUGAUGUUCCCAUUCGUGAGGAAGGCGACUACAUACUAGUUAUGAAGUAUGCAGAAGUUUACUUCGCUCAAUCACAGCAAAAGGUGUUUGACGUCCGCCUAAAUGGCCACGUGGUGGUGAAAGACCUGGAUAUCUUUGAUCGAGUGGGUCACAGUACUGCACACGAUGAGAUAGUGUCCUUCUCUAUUCGACGUGGCAAACUGAGCGUGCAGGGAGAGGUGUCCACUUUCAACGGCAAGCUCUCUGUGGAGUUUGUCAAGGGUUAUUAUGACAACCCCAAGGUCUGCGCUCUCUAUGUAAUGAAAGGAACAUUAGAGGAUGUACCUAAACUUCAGCCUCACCCUGGCUUGGAGAAGCAUGAGGAAGAGGAGGAAGAAGAGGAAGAAACCGAAGGAGGUGACGAAGUCGGGAAGAAGAAGCUCCCACCAGGUUCCAAGUACAGGGUCCAGUCAGGACCCCGAACACCAAACCCAUAUGCAGCCGACAACAGCAGCUUAAUGUUUCCCAUCCUAGUGGCAUUCGGGGUGUUCAUCCCCACGUUGUUCUGCCUCUGUCGGCUGUGAAGCGGAAAAACUAGUCAGGAGGACAAGACGGACGUGAGACUAUGAAGAGAGAGAGAGAGUGAGAGGGAGAGAUGGGGGUGGGUGGGGUGUGGGGGUAAGGAGGGGGCCUGGAGGGGGGGGGGGGGGGACAACAGCAGCACAGGUAAAAAGCAUACACACAGGAGAGAGCUUGAAAGGCUUGGGAGAGAAGAUCAUCAAGACGGAGGACAAACAGACAAACUUUUUUUUUUUUCAGAAAGCCGCCGCAGGAUGAAGCAAAAAACGCUGCUGUCACCAUCAAAUUGCACCGCCGAGGAAAGAAAAAAGAAGAUGUGGGGAAGUGUAUGCCGUGCGCUUCUUUCGUGAAUGUGUUUUUUCGCAUCCACCUCUGCUGACCCUUUCGAACAAUGUUAGUCAUUUCCACUCAAGACACCAGGCAGGGUUUUUACAGGUGCCAGUCUUCAAAAGGUCUGAAACCACAUUUCAGCAGCUAAGGGAUGCUCAGGAGUGAUACGUCCGGGCCCGUUUUAUAAAACAAAACAAAAAAAAAAAAAAAAAAAAAGCAUUGUUUUGUAUUGGGUGUAGCAAGGACGCACACACUCUGUUUAACACUCCUGCUCAGCAUCUGGUCAGACAUGUUACCUUACAAUUGGAAAUGGUGCUGCUUAGAAAUCGGUUAAAUAGAUUAGAAGCCACGAGUCAGACAGUUAGUGGAAAUAACGGUUUUCCAUUUGAGAGGCUCCCAUUUUUCUCAACUUGUUGCUUUUUUGUGUGUGUGUGUGUGUGUGUGCGUGUGUGUGUGUGUCUUUCCACUCCGAUCAAGUUAGUCCUGCGUUAACGUGCCAUCAUCUACUUGCCAUAAAAUGCUGAAAUAAGACAGAAAUAGAUUUUUGGGUUUAUUUCCUGUUUGUUGUCUAAGUCGACUUGCCUUUUACAGAAAUAUAGGUUGAGUUUCAACAAAUCUGCCAGUGACACGUGUGAAAUAAAAUCCACCAAAACACAGAUUCAGGGCCUUAACAAAAUAGUCCUCGACAGCGACCGCAGAUUCCAAGCCCCAAGAAUGCAUUUUAAAAUCCAGAUAUCACGAGGCGACAGCAUCGACCCUAUAACGGUUAGCCUUUUUAGUUUCUUUGAAUGAAAGACUCCACAACUGUGUUUAGUGAGAGGCAAAGUUUAUGCUGUGAAAUGCAGAACUCAAGCAAGCCCAGAUUAUUUUACGUCACUCUAUUUAAAUGUGCUCGCUGCCUUUUCUGCUCUAUCAUUAAUUAUGCAUGCCUGCCUUUUUCUUUUCUUUUUUUUUUUUUCACCAAAGAAUGUCUUUGUUUAUUUUGUAAGGAAAUGAGAAAAAAAACAAUGUGGCCUGUUUUUUUUUUUUUUAAUUUGACACAAAGCUUGCAAAUUACACUCUGUGAUACCUCUGUUGGCAAGUGUUUGAACCAGGCAGGCUGAAAAUGAAUUUAGAGAAAAGAAGUGGCUGAAGGAAUGAGGGGGGGGGCAGUUGUAAUUGUUUAUUUACUUGGCUUGUUUUGGGGUUUUUUUGUUUUAUUUUUCUAUUUAAAACAGAAUGCUGUGUUGACUCUGACAGGCCAUAAGCUUCAGUCCUCCGUGUUAUCUGAAAAACCUCAGCUCCAUGUUAAUAUAAUAAAUUAUGAGAAUCUGCUCCAGUCAGUGCACUUGUUUCCUACAUCCCCAAAAGUCUGUACCACAAAAGUUCAUUCAAAGAAAGCACAGCAUGAGUGUGAGUAGAAAAGACAAAAAAAGAUCAACAUAUAUAUUGAAUUCCCCUCAAGUUUCACUCACUGAGCCUUUUCAAAUCUGUUGUCUUAAAAAAAAAAAUUGUUGACUGCAACCCCC